AUGCGGUUUAAAGAAAUAACUAAUCAGUUGCAUAUGCAGGCCGACUGGAAUUUGCUAGCGUUGUCUCAAGAUCAUAAAAAGAUAACCACCAAGGUAGUUAAACCUAUGGAUCAACAAGACUGGCCAAUCAAAGAACCCUUUGGCUCCGAUAGAAUAAAGAUGGAAUCAUUAAAUCAAAAUUUUCGUGGCUUUGACACGAAUUCGAUGGCCACGUGGCCGUCACACGUGACGGACAAUACUACUCAUGGUAAUAUCAUUGACGGUGAGCUUUCAAGAUUUCCGAGGCCAUUAAGGACAUUUGCCGCGAUCGUGGCUAUACUGAUUAUGAUAACAGGCCUAGCCGGUAAUCUUCUUACCAUCGUUGCCCUUUGCAAAUAUCCAAAAGUUCGUAACGUUGCAGCAGCGUUCAUAAUAAGCCUUUGCGUGGCAGAUUUCGUGUUUUGUUCGUUAGUAUUACCCUUCGACUCUAUUAGAUUCGUCGAUGCAAGUUGGGCGGAUAUUAGAUCGUUGUGCGUCCUCGUACCGUUCUUGAGGUACGGAAACGUUGGAGUCAGUCUUUUGUCCGUAGCUGCUAUCACCAUUAACAGAUACAUCAUGAUAGCCCAUCAUGGAAUAUAUAGUAAGAUUUAUAAAAAGCACUGGAUCGCUGCGAUGAUUAUUUUCUGCUGGCUAUUCGCCUACGCGAUGCAGGUACCAACGUUGUUAGGCGUUUGGGGAAAAUUUGAUUAUGAUAUGUAUCUAGAAACAUGCUCGAUAGUCAAAGACGAUCAUGGUCAUACUUCUAAGAGAUUUUUGUUCGCUACGGGUUUCGUGAUACCCUGCGUAGUUAUAGUCGGGUGUUAUGCAAAAAUAUUCUGGGUCGUUCACAGCUCCGAGUCGAGGAUGCGAAAACACGCAACACCAACGAUAAAGUCACCGCACACACCUGGUAGAGAUACCAGAGAGAUCAAACAAAGACGUAGCGAAUGGAGAAUUACGAAGAUGGUACUCGCUAUCUUCCUUAGCUUUCUAGUCUGUUAUCUACCAAUCACUAUAGUAAAGAUGGUCGACGUUAAUGUAAAAUAUCCAGGCUUCCACGUUCUUGGGUAUCUUCUUCUAUACUUCGCUUCCUGCGUGAACCCGAUAAUCUACGUUAUCAUGAAUAAGCAAUACAGACAAGCAUACGCUGGCGUGAUUGGCUGUUCGCGGAUAAGGGCGAGUCUCACACCUUUCGGGAGCAGUGCGCCCGGUCAGCACCACCAAGACUUCGGCCAAGAUUACUCGAAGACUAUGGUAUCGACCGUCUCCAUUGCUAUGAAUCCCGUCAAAAAUAAUCAGUUGGAAGAGGCACUAUAG